GUGGGUGAGUAUUAUAAAUGAUGAUGCCUGCAUACUAACUGAAUGAAAAAAGCCCAUAUAAUGUGCUGGAAAUAGCUCAUACACAGAGAGCAUCCCCAACGUGGAUGAAGUUCUGCAACUGAGAUCCCAAAAUCUGGCAGUUUCAGGGUGAUGAAAAUGGCUUGGAUUGGGAACUUUAGUUUUGCGGAGCUCCUUCUGAUAUAGAUCUCGGGGCUGCAGUGAGUUUGAUUCUCUCAAAGAACAGAACAAAAGUUUCAUUCCUUCUCCUCCUCUUUUUAUCACAACCAGCUGCUGUAUAAAUUCUACAUCUCCCAAAUAAAGUGGUUGGCAAUUGGAUUGUCAUAUUGGAGUUUGUAAAAUGGAGAUAAAUCUGCAUGAGUCCGCCUCAUUGAGAAAAAAUGUAGAAGCAGACAAAAGCCCUGACAUGAUUGGUGAUAAAGAAGGCUCGGAGAAGAGUGGAGGAGAUCAAAGUACCAAAACUGUUCCAUUUCUAAAGCUGUUCUCGUUUGCAGAUUCCAGAGAUGUUUGCUUGAUGAUUGUAGGCAUAAUUGGUGCCAUUGGAAAUGGGUUGGGUCUGCCCCUUAUGACAGUAUUCUUUGGGGAAAUGAUUAAUGUUUUGGGAAGUAACCAGAACAAUAAGGAUGUUGUUCGUGUAGUUUCCAAGGUUUGUCUAAAAUUCGUCUACUUGGCAGCUGGAAUUGGUGUUGCAGGAUUCCUCCAGGUGGCUUGCUGGAUGAUCACAGGAGAGAGACAAGCAGCACGAAUAAGGGGUUUGUAUUUGAAGACUAUUUUGAGACAAGAUGUGGCUUUCUUUGAUAAAGAAACAAACACCGGAGAGGUUGUUGAGAGAAUGUCUGGUGACACUGUUCUUAUACAAGAUGCCAUGGGUGAGAAGGUUGGGAAAUUUGUGCAGCUGCUAUCAACAUUCAUCGGAGGCUUUUUUGUAGCAUUUUUCAAAGGCUGGCUCCUUACCCUUGUCUUGUUAGCCUCAAUUCCUCUUCUUGUGGCCUCUGGUGGCAUUAUGUCUGUCGUCAUAUCCAAGACAGCUUCUCGUGGACAGGGUGCUUAUGCAAAUGCAGCGAAUGUGGUUGAACAGACAAUCAGCUCAAUCAGAACAGUGGCAUCAUUUACUGGGGAGAAGCAAGCUGUAGCUAAAUACAAAAAGUUUCUAGUAACAGCUUACAAAUCUGGUGUUCAGGAAGGCUUGGCUUCUGGACUUGGUUUUGCUAUGGUUAUGUGCGUCAUGUUCAGUAGCUAUGGUAUGGCAAUAUGGUUUGGAUCUAAGAUGAUAGUUGACAAAGGAUACAGUGGGGGUGAUGUGUUGAAUGUGAUCAUGGCUGUGAUGACAGGAUCUAUGUCCCUAGGCCAGGCAUCUCCCUGCAUGAGUGCCUUUGCUGCUGGUAAAGCUGCAGCAUAUAAGAUGUUUGAGACUAUUGAGAGGAAACCAGAGAUUGAUGCUUAUGACACAAGGGGAAAAGUUUUGAAUGAUAUUCUUGGAGAUAUAGAGUUGAGAGAUGUUUCCUUUAGUUAUCCAGCAAGACCAGAUGAACAGAUAUUCAGGGGAUUCUCUCUUUAUAUCCACAGAGGCACAACGGUAGCUUUGGUUGGACAAAGUGGAAGUGGGAAGUCAACAGUGAUCAGUCUAAUAGAGAGAUUCUACGAUCCACAUGCUGGUGUAGUUCUUAUAGAUGGCAUUAACCUAAAAGACCUCCAGCUUAAAUGGAUUAGGGGGAAAAUAGGUCUUGUCAGCCAAGAACCCGUGUUGUUUGCAUCCAGCAUCAAGGAUAAUAUUGCUUAUGGAAAGGAUGGGGCAACAUAUGCAGAGAUAAGAUCUGCAGCAGAGCUUGCAAAUGCUGCUAAAUUUAUCGAUAAAUUGCCUCAGGGACUAGAUACGAUGGUUGGUGAGCAUGGAACCCAGCUCUCUGGUGGUCAGAAACAGAGAGUUGCCAUAGCAAGAGCAAUUCUGAAAAACCCGCGAAUUCUUCUUCUGGAUGAAGCUACAAGUGCACUUGAUGCAGAAUCUGAAAGGAUUGUGCAGGAGGCAUUGGAUAGGAUCAUGGUCAACCGAACUACUGUCAUUGUUGCCCAUCGUUUGAGCACUGUGAGGAAUGCUGAUAUGAUCGCAGUCAUUCACAGAGGAAAGAUAGUCGAAAAAGGCUCGCAUUCAGAACUAGUCAGGGAUCCUGAUGGAGCAUACUCUCAACUUAUACGCUUGCAAGAAGAAAACAGGGAAUCAGGACAAGCUGUAGAUGAUAAAAACAAAUCCGAAAUUUCUAUGGAGUCGUUUAGACAGUCUAGCCUUAGAAACAGUCAAAGAAUGUCAUUCUUUAGAUCCUUAAGUCGGGGGUCAUCUGUAAAUAGUAGUGGCCGCCGUUCAUUCUCAGUCACAGCAUUUGGUUUGCCCACAGAAGUGGCCAUAGCUGAUAAUAUGCUGGCAACACGAGAAGAAAAAUUGCCGAAGGUCUCCAUCCGCCGCCUUGCCUACCUUAACAAGCCAGAGAUUCCAAUUCUUCUUCUUGGGGCAAUAGCUGCAAUCAUUAAUGGCGUAAUACUCCCUAUAUUUGGCAUAUUGCUUUCGAGGGUAAUCAACUCAUUCUACAAACCACCUCAUCAACUGAGGAAGGAUACAAAUUUUUGGGCAGUAAUUUUUGUGGUCCUCGGUGUGGUUUCAUUUCUGGCAAUUCCAGCACGAGCAUACCUCCUUUCUGUGGCAGGAAGUAAGUUAGUAGAACGUAUUAGGUUGAUGUGUUUUGAGAAGUUGGUUCGCAUGGAGGUUGGAUGGUUUGAUGAACCUGAGCACUCAAGCGGCACGGUCGGUGCUAGGCUCUCGGCAGAUGCUGCAACAGUGCGUGCUCUUGUUGGAGAUGCUCUUGGUCAGAUACUUCAUGCUAUUGCUUCAGCAGUUGCGGGUUUGGUCAUUGCAUUUGUUGCAAGUUGGCAGUUGGCGUUUAUUGUCCUUGCAUUGAUUCCAUUGAUUGGAAUCAACGGGUACGUUCAAGUUAAGUUCAUGGAAGGAUUCAGUGCAGAUGCAAAGAUGAUGUAUGAGGAGGCAAGCCAAGUUGCUAACGAUGCAGUCGGAAGUAUAAGAACAGUUGCUUCUUUUUGUGCUGAGGAAAAGGUGAUGGAUCUAUACAGAACAAAAUGUGAAGGCCCCAGGAAGGCGGGGAUAAGGCAAGGCUUGGUCACUGGAAUAGGAUUUGGGACAUCUUUCGGCAUGUUAUUUCUAGUGUAUGCUACCAGUUUCUAUGCAGGAGCUCGACUCGUUGAGGUCAAUAAAGCAACAUUUUCAGAUGUUUUCCAAGUUUUCUUUGCUUUGACCAUGGCUGCCAUGGGAAUUUCUCAAACAAGCUCCAUGGGUCCAGAUACUGGCAAAGCCAAUAAUGCAGCGGCUUCCAUAUUUUCAAUAAUAGAUCGGAAGUCGAAGAUAGAUCCUUGCGAUGAGUCCGGUAUGACAUUGGAUAAUCUGAAAGGGGAGAUUGAGCUUCGACAUGUAAGCUUUAAAUAUCCCAGCAGGCCAGAUAUUCAGAUUUUCCGAGACCUCAGCCUGGUCAUUCGUUCUGGCAAGACAGUUGCCUUGGUUGGAGAAAGUGGGAGUGGGAAAUCCACAGUCGUCUCGUUGCUACAAAGAUUUUAUGAUCCUGAUUCUGGAUGUAUUACACUUGAUGGAAUUGAAAUCAAUAAGUUUCAAGUGAAGUGGUUGAGGCAGCAGAUGGGUCUUGUGAGUCAAGAACCAGUUUUGUUUAAUGAUACUAUUCGUGCCAACAUUGCGUACGGAAAGGAUGGAAAUGCAAUUGAGGCAGAAAUUACUGCUGCAGCAGAGUUGGCAAAUGCUCACAGGUUCAUCAGUGGCUUACAACAGGGAUAUGAUACCAUAGUAGGAGAACGUGGAGUCCAACUAUCCGGUGGGCAGAAACAACGGGUAGCCAUUGCACGUGCUAUGAUCAAAAGUCCAAAGGUAUUACUAUUAGAUGAGGCUACCAGUGCUCUCGAUGCUGAAUCCGAAAGAGUGGUUCAAGAUGCAUUAGACCGAGUCAUGGUUAACCGAACAACAGUCGUGGUGGCUCAUCGAUUAACCACCAUCAAGAAUGCAGAUGUAAUUGCAGUGGUUAAAAAUGGAGUUAUCGUAGAGAAAGGAAGGCAUGAGACUUUGCUUAAAAUCAAGGAUGGCUUCUAUGCCUCCUUGGUUAGUCUUCACACAAGUGCUUCAACUGUCUGAAAUUAUAGUUUCUUUUUUUUUUUUUUUGUCUUUUUUUGGUAUAAUCAAGUAAUUUUUGUCCUAUGAUCGACUUCUGCUAAGUAGAUGGUAAUUAAUUAUACAAAUAUUAUAUGUUCUUUUUCCUUCGACUUUUUGUGAACUAUUUGUUGUAAUUUUUAUAUAUGGGGUUU